AUGGCGUUUGAUUGUGUUCAGGCUGRUCACCGGAAAAAUGUUGCACACCGCUUCAGCAUAACGAGGAACGAACAAGAUCAGGAUAUAGAUGAGUCCCAUAGAAAGGCUGAUGUUGCAACUGUUGCUGGAAAAUUCAAGGACGAGAUCAUUCCAAUUUCAACUAAGAUUGUUGACAUGAAACUGGAGAUGAAAAAACUAUUAACAAUUCCAUUUGCACAAGCAACCAUUAUUGAUUUUGGUGAGAAAAUGGAGAAAGCAAUCGGGAGACAAAGAGUUCUGCUAGAGCAUCUUCGUCGGUCUUCUACCUCUUCAUCCUUGGAAAAUCUCGAUUCAUCACUCUCCGCAUCAUUCUGCGCAGCUGUAAUUGUAAUUGCCUACCGAUCUCCUCUUUGCAAAUCAAGGAGAGGUGGCUUCAAGGAUACUUUUCCUGAUGAUAUAUUUGCACCAAUUUUGAAGGCGUUAAUAAAGAAAACAAAUUUUAACCAGCUGAAGUCGGAGACAUUGUUGUUGGAUCAGUGUAGGAGCAGGCUCCCAAAGAGCAAGAGAAUGCAGGAUGCCUGCUUUCUAUGUCGGGUUUCUAAAACGGUGCCAGUUAGGACUGUCAACAGACAGUGUUCCUCAGGUCUUCAGGCAGUAGCUGAUGUAGCUGCAUCUAUUAAAGCUGGAUUUUAUGAGAUUGCACAGUCACUCAUUUCCCCCUCGUCGCUACCCUCUCCCUCCCCCUAG